GUUUAAAUUCCCGAGCUCUUCACACAACUCACCACUCUACUUUCUGUCAACAACACCAUCUUUGCAACAGAAACUGACUUGAUUCUGUCUGACAUUGCCCUCCUGCAUUGAACUCUACAGCUCGAGUCAACUCAUUCCCACUUGCACAUUCUGCAUCGUGCGAUUCUGAAUUCGUUGCAUCGAGCAAAACCAACGAUGGCCCCAAAGAGAGCUGUCGCUGCGGCGAGCGAGACCGCUCCGCCCGCUAAAAGAACCAGAACCACCACUGUGACCCAGAGAGCUGCUGCUGUAUCCAAGACGGUCGUCGAAACUAAGGCUGCUGCGCCGAAAAAGGCUGUCGCGGCGAAGAAGAACACAGCGACCAAGGUGACCAAGAAGACGGCGGCCACCAAAAAAGCCGGCGCCUCCAAGAAAAUCGCUGCGCCCGCGACUAAGAAGGCUGCCGAGCCCUCCGAGGCAUCUGACAAGGAGAACGAGGUGGAAGCCGCGAAGGUCAAUGGCACCAAGGUCAAUGGAGCGAAGCGCAAGCGCGACCAGGAGCAAAACGAGUCGGUCGGUGACGACGUCGCGAGCGAUGCCGAGGUCAACGAUGAGCGCGGCGGCAAGCGCGCAAAGAAGGACGAGGCCGCAAGCGCACCAGCCAAAAAGAGAAAGGCGGCCGCUCCCAAGCCGGCACCGAAACGCGCCGCGCGCGAGCUCAAGGCAAUCAACGAGCCACCCAGCCAGGUCAUGGACAUCUUCGUAUUCGGCGAGGGCACUGCUGGCGAGCUUGGUCUGGGCAGUGUGAAGGUCGACGGCAAGAAGCCCAUCGAUGUAAAGCGCCCCCGCCUCAACACGAACGUCAAGGGUGUGGUGCAGGUCGCUUGCGGCGGCAUGCACGUUGCCGUGCUGACAAACGAAAACAAAAUUUUCACCUGGGGCGUCAACGACCAGGGCGCGCUGGGUCGCGACACCACUUGGGACGGCGGUCUGAGAGACGUCGACGAUGAAGACGACGAAGACUCGGAUGAUGAGGAUACCGGCAUGAACCCCAAGGAAAGCACGCCCGCUGAAAUCGACACAUCGGACAUCCCCGAGAACACCAAGUGGGUGCAGGUUGUCGCCAGCGACAGUGCGACAUUUGCUUUGACCACGACCGGCCAGGUCUACGGAUGGGGCACUUUCAGGAGCAACGAGGGCAUCCUCGGCUUCAACAAGAGCGUCAUGGUCCAGCGCACUCCGGCUCUCGUCCCCGAGAUUUCCAAGAUCAAGCAGCUUGCCGCCGGCCUGAACCAUGUCCUCGCGCUCGACGAGAAGAACAAGAUCUACGCAUGGGGCGCUGGCCAGCAGGCGCAGCUCGCGCGCCGGCUCCUCGAGCGCGACGACCUCGCUGCCCUCUAUCCAUCGGGCAUUGGCUCACUUCCCGGCCGCGCCAAAGCCGAGAAGCUCGCCUGCGGGUCUUACCACUCGUUCGUGAUCGACACCAAGGGCCGCGUCAUUGGCUGGGGACUCAACAACUAUGCUGAGCUCGGCGUGGAGGAUGAGGCCGGCCAGGACGGCGGUUACGUCAUGCGCCCACAGCUUAUUAAGUCGCUGGAGCAGUACGAGAUUGCCGACAUCGCUGGCGGCGAGCACCACUCCCUCGCCUGCACCAAGCAGGGCGAAUUGCUCACCUGGGGCCGCAUCGACGGGCACCAGGUCGGCCAGCCGUCCGAGUCCUUCUCCGAGGACAACACCAUCUGGGACGAGCGCAACAAGCCGCGCAUCCUGCUGGUCCCGACCGUGGUGCCGGACAUCAAGGACGUCGUGCGCGUGGCCGCGGGUACCGACCACAGCUUUGCUAUCACCAAGGAAGGGAAGGUGUAUUCCUGGGGCUUCUCUGCCAAUUACCAGACGGGACAGGGCACAACGGAUGAUAUUGAGUCCCCAUCACUGAUCGACAACACCGCGAUCCGGGACAGGAAGAUCAUCUUCGCUGGUGCCGGAGGGCAGUAUGGCAUUGUGGGAGCGCUGCCGGAGGGGAACUAAGAUUGUGUUGAGGGGCGAUGUCUCUGGAGCAGGUUGAUUUGGAAGACAGGCGCUUGGAUGGAGAGGAUUGGACGAUGAUGAGCGCUGUUUUUGUCUCUUCUUCCACCCUGGUUCGGAUCAUGGUUGGUUUUGCCAGUUCGUUGGUUGGCUGGCUGGAUGGGAUAGCAGGGGCUGCCGUAUCGGCAAUGCUCCCUCACUUCUCACAACCUGGGACUGGACUAUGAACUAUUUGGGUGUGGAUGUCUUGAGGUUUUGCUUUUUUCUUUUCUUCUCUGCAGGCAUUUCUGGGCUGGGACCGGCGUUGGUAUGGUUAGCAUGCUUUGCCUGUACACUAAUCUCGUCCGCGCAUUUGCAUCUAGGUCUUCGCGAGGCUGUUCUCGUGAGCGCGGCGUAGGGAAUGGGCAUGAAUCGACUUUGACUUGAGCUGAA